ACUGCUCAGUGACGUCUAAUAGCACUUCAUUUAGUUUAUAGUAGUCUCCUGUUCUGCAGUGAUGGAAUAACCAUUAUGAGGGAAUCAGUAAUUGCAUCCACCCCAGCAAACCAGCAAGUGAAAGUGCACCCGGUAGAGCGUCAUUGGAGCAUCUAAUGAAGGGCUCCAACAGCCUCUGCUGCAGACAUGCAGCAGCCCACCCACCUGUGUAGAAAUAGCAGCCUGCCAUGCAGGUAAUUAUCAGGCCCCUCGUCUUAGACACCUGGAGCUCCACAGAGCCCCUUUACACCUUUUCCCCCGCGAGCCCCAUUUUGGAAGUGUUUACCUCCUUCACCUCCACGACUUAAAACACUUGAAUGACUUCAGUCUGAUGUGAGUCAGGUGUAAAAGAUGUCACAUACAGUGCAGUGGUGUGGAUCAUGAUUCAUCCUUUAGGUCCAGUCCUUCAUGUUGUGAUGUGCAUCUCUCACAAACCUCACACACUGUCCCCCUUUAAAAAAAAAAAACUUAAAGUAAACCAUCUGAAUUGCCAAUGCAGAUAGAUCUGGGUCUAAUUGACAGUUUCGUUCACGCUCCAGUGUUACAGCUUUUUUGCGCCAAUCCCUCUCCCCUUCCCCUUUUUCAUCGCUUUCAUAAUUGCCACCAACAUAAUGACACAGUUGCUGUGGCAACCGUGUCUCUCUUUUUCCUCUCUCUUACACACACACAUAAAGAAAAAGACGCACACUCUUUGGAUCUAAGAGGUCUUCCGCGGCUGCUUUUAUUUUCCUGAUGGAGACACAUCAAGAGUGGGAAGAUUGAUAUCUGCAGCACUGAAAGAAAGAAAGGAAAAAAACAGGUGGCAACAGUUCACGCUGUCCUGAUCAUCCAUCCUCUGCUACAAUAACAGGCUGCCAUCUGAGAGACGCUGAGAUACAGUGCGCAGGCUCUCUCCCAGCCAGCGCUCUUCUCCAGCAUCAAACCCCAGAGCAACGCACAGUGGACGCUCGGCCAACACGUUCCUGGUUUGAUUGUCGACGUUGUAAAUCUGAAGACAAUUCUGGAAAAUCAAGCAGAACAUUUAGAGACGACAGAAGAGAAAUUCUCCCGGAGAGAGAGAGAGAGAGAGAGAGAGAGAGAGAGAGAGACGAGGGGAGAGAGCUCUCUUUGAACAUUAGUCAGUGGGAGAACUGCUGCUUUGUGUCUCUCAUUUUUUCUCCUGCUGAACUCUCCUCAGAAGGUCAGAGGAGCAUGUAACUGAAACAAGUGGAGCCCUCAGUGAUUUCAGCAUUCUUUCUCCCCCAUCUGUGCCUACAUUCUCUGCUACAGAUAGGGACGUUUUGAUAAUUACAUAUAAUUAUAAUUUCUGUGGGAGACAGAUCUGCUUCUGUCUAUUAUUGCCAACACCUCCAACACAAUAACUUCACACAUUUACAUAUUUCUCAACAAAAGUGAUAUUCUUUGAACCUCGGAGACAAAUCAGGAAUAAUUUUACUUAGAGAGAGACAUGUCACAUGGAGAAGCAAUGUGCCAUUCAGUUCAUGUCUAAUUAGCGAUACAGUUGAAUGACACGGGCGACUUUUUGUGCCUAAAAGCUGAAUGCAGAACAUUUCAAAAUACACGACGUUUGCCUCGUUUUGAAAUGUGUUUUACAGGCUGGGAGUCAUUUUCUUGGUUUAUGCUUACUCCUGAUUUUCAGCUGUUAAAGUCUUCUAGCACUUAAGCCGAGCCACCCUCAUUAUCACCCCCCGGCCCAAUCACAGUAACAGUCUGUGCCAGGCGAGUACUGAUGCACAUUAAUCAAGCCAUAGAAAAGAUUCAGAUAAAAUACGUGGUGGUAUCUAUAGAUGUGACGCGUGCCUAGAACAAGUUAACAUGGAGAUGAGUCCCUGCUCCAGAGAAACGAGGCAUCACUGAUAGACAGUUUUCAUCAGUGGUGCAGUCUGUUAAUUCUAUUUGAUUGUUUACAAUGCCAAAAAACACCAAAUAUAUCAUAAGAUAUAUACAUUUCAGACAUUAAAAAAGUGCCAGUACUAAAUGUAUGUAAUGCCAGACUAAAAUAGUCGUCCAGGAAUAAAACAGAUAAAACAGUUUACAUUUGAUGAAACACAGGCCAUAGACUAUUGUUCAAGUGCCGUGAUCAGCACAUGAAUGUAUAGGGCUGCCACAUUUUAUUGAAAAUACCUGCUACUAAUUCUUACUGGCCUUUUGCGGUUACAAAAAAAACAAAAACAAUCCCGUCCAGCAGUACGUCACAUCUUUGUUCUUUUGUUCAGUGGGACAUGUAGGAAAAAGGCAUUAAGGACUAAAAGCAUGAAGAUUGUUGCUUUCAAUUUGUCCUUUUUACAACGAUGCAUCCAUUUUAGCGUUCUAGACUUGAGAGGUGUUUUUGGAGGGCAAAAGAUGAAGUCAUUACGCAUUCAGAGUUCCUUUCUAGCAGUAAAUUAAAACCAUUGGAACGCCAUUAUCAACAAUUAUUAAAGUGAUUUUAAUAGUGUUAGUCCCUUUUGUUUCUAUUGUUCCUGACCUUUUCUAUUAUUUCAACAUAUAAAUACUCAGUUUCUGACAAAAAAAGACUUCAAAUUACAUUAUCCAGCACUACUAAAUGAAAUUACUGAUACAUCAUCAAUAUCCAGUAGGUUGUACAUGCUACUUGAAUAUUUCACAUGCCAUUUUAGUGGGUUAAACUGCAAAAGCGGAUACAGUGUUGCAACUGCAUUGACUCAACAACAGAAAAUAGAUCUCUUAGUCAUGUAAAAAUGACGCCCACCACCAAUCUCAGAGUCCUUGCUGUCUCCCUGCUCUCCCUCCUUACUGCCCCACUCACCACUGUCGUGGAGACCUCUCCGUCCCCCCCUCCUCAGCACAUAAACCACUCAGGGAGGCCGUCAACCGAGCAGCCCAAAACUGGCUCCAGCCCCUCUCACCUGCUCCUUGCCAUGCAGGCCAAUAUCAAGCCAGCUGCUCUCAAAAGCAGGACCAAAACCCCAGAGAAACUUCCAGAAACCUCAGAAGGAGGAGUUCUGGAAACGCCUCCGAGACCCCUUCCCCAGGUCAUGUUCCCCAAAAAUGUGACUUCAGCAGAGGCUCUUGCACCUCCCUUAGGUGCAGCACAGGUGGCGCCCAUUCCACCCCGCCUGAUGGAUGUAUGGAUGGAUGUAUGUCGGGGUUAUUAUGACGUAAUGGGACACUUUGACAGCGCUUUCAACUGCUCCAAGGACACCUUCGUCUUUUGUUGUGGAACCUGCCACUACCGCUUCUGCUGUCCAGAGCGAAGUCGACAACUGGAGCAGGACAGCUGUAAAAACUAUGACUCUCCAGACUGGGCCAAGCCACAUACAGACUCCAUGAUUAUAUCAGAGGAAUUAGGUCCUGACCCAGACUUCGAUCCACUCAAGCAGCAAAGCCACAACACGGGCUUCGUCAUCGGAGGUGUGGUUGUGUUUAUGGUGGCUGUCGCUGUGGGCAUCAAGGUGGUCUUCAACAAGGUGCAACAGGAAGCCAACCAAAGGGACCUCAAUAUGCCCAGAGCUCUGGUUGACAUGUUGCGGCACCAAUCGAGCCCAGUCCAGCAGGACGAGAGAAACAACAGCGUGGCUCUGACUGUAGGGGAUGGAACAGGGACACUGGGGAGAGCUCCAAAAAAUCUGUACGCCCCAGGACUGCCAAGCAAGGACAACAGAUUGGGCAAUUUGCAACACAAUUUCAUCCACUCAUCAGGCUCCAGUCCCAAACACACCGCAACUAUCGAACGCACCCCUCGAAUGAACAAUGCUCAGCUGGCAGCUGGAGGCACCCUGCUCUCCAGUAAACACAACAACACCAAAUCCCAACCUGCCUUUCACCACUCCCUGCACAACCUGGCUCAGCUGCCGCCGUCCUAUGAGAGCGCCACCAAGCCUGAGCUUAACAGAUACUCCUCGCUCAAACGCCUCGAGAAAGGUCUUGAUGAGUACUCGUCUGGUUACUGCACCACCAAGCGCCGGCCUCACACAGCCCAGCCGGCCCUCCAGUCCUCUCAGCAUCACCUCCACUGGGGUGGAGACUACACCCUAGGUGGGAGAGGAACCCUCCCGAGGCAUGCUAUGCGUCCCUGGAUCCCGCCGCCUCCUUCUGGCAUGCCUGCCUCCCCCACCCCCAAUCCUUACCCUCUGGAUCCCCCGGAGCCACAAUACAACCCCAAUUAUGACACUCUCUCCAAGCCCCCGAGGAAAGUUAAGUCCACCGACCAGCUGCUCAACAUGGGUGACGUCCCUGGCAACACAGGGACCCUGUCCAGGCUGUCCAAGAAUCAGCAGCACCAGUACUACAAAGCCAUGGCUGCUUCCAAUAAGAACUCCAACACGCAGACCCUCACCAGGAAGACCCAGGACAGGAGAGAGGAAAGGCAGGAAAGACAGGAAAGGCAGGAAAGGCAGGAAAGGCAGGAAAGGCUGCUCAUGUCCCCAGACCAUUUGGAGGAGAGGAUGGGGGUCGGCGGGAUGGGCGUUGUAGAUCCAUAUGCCCACACAGGAGGGAUUGUCCCCACGCUGCCUCGCCAGCAGAAGGCCCAGUCACAGCAGAAUGUGUGCGCCACUCCCUCCCUCGACCGACACCACAUGAUUAAGAUGAACUCUCACCCCACAUCCGGAAGAGAGCAAGAGAGGAGCACGGCCAUGCCUGGGCAUAUGAGUGGGGGCAUGGGCUGGGCGGGGGAGAUGCCCGGGGCUGGGGUAGUCAUGGGAACGGGAACACUAGGGGGCCACAACGCCAGGAGGAUGGCUUUUGCGGCGAAAAGGCAGAACACCAUUGAGCAGCUACAUUUCAUACCGGGAGGGGGCGGUGGGGGGUCAGGAGGAAGUGGAGGAGGGAGUCAGGGGAUCAGGACAGGGAGUAAAAAUGAGGUGACAGUGUGAGGUUUGUGCCUAAUGUAGAGCUUACCCCUCGUCAAAGGUACAGGAAUAGGUCACCCUUCUGCAUUUAACUAUUAGAUAUACAACUACAAGGCAUAAAAACUAGAAGUAUAAAGUAUAGUAAAAGUACAACGUGUUUAGGCUAUUCAAAUUAGUGUUAUCUUGUAAUUAGAUAGCUUAAAUAUGAUUACUUAAAACUCUAAGUGGGGAAUAUCUGUUCCAAUUAUGUGAUAGCCUACAUCAGCCAUAUUUUGUAACAAAAUUUGCCAUAUUGCCAUAUACAGCGGUGCCAUUACUUGUAGAAAGACUGACUGGAAGGGUGAAACAAAACUAACUGAAGUGUCGUUCAUAAUUUUGUUUUUAUAUAUGUUUUUCAAAAAGUACUCAGGAGCCAUAUUAGAUAGGGAAUGAGAUGAUAUAUAUAUAUAUAUCUAUAUAUAUAUCUANAUA